AUGUCGCUUCCAAAUGAACUCUGGCUUUCAAUUUUCGAAUAUCUGCCUUCACAGUCGCUUCGUAAUGUCGUCUUAACCUCGAAGCGCUUUCAUGCAAUCGCCAUUCGUUUUCUUUACAAGCAUCUGAUUCUAACGUCUCCGACAUCGUUUGUAACGGCGUAUUCGGCGCUGUCUUCUAUCCAGCCUUUACCGCACGCUCUUCUUCUUGGUAUAUCCCCCAUCGUGGAGCGCCCCGUGGAGCAGCUAAAAGAAGCUGUUGCCGUUGUUUCCUUGGCGGAAGCUGACGACUGGACACCUAUUCCCCUUAACCGGCAAACAAACAGGUAUCGCUUCUUCCAAAUCAAGGAUGCCUACCAACCACGCUUCCUUGCCGACGCUACCGUCUACGAAAAUAUCCUCACUCAAGUUACGUCUUUUACCUCGCUCAGACAGCUCGUCUUCCGUGGUAUGCUUCUCCCGCGAGAUUUACACUCCAUUCUGCGCGACCUUCCAAACUUGCGUGAUUUAGCAGUCGUGCACUGCACCGUUCACUUCACUGGUGUCUAUAUAGACGUUGACCACACUUCUCUGAGACUUCAAUCCCUCACCCUCCUCGAUAUCCGCGCUGUAUUCCCAUCUAAUGAUGAUGACACUAAUCCUCGCAAUCCCCGUACCCGUCUACGAAUGCUUGCACAAGUCCCCACUAUCCGCACCCUUACAUAUGACCACACUGUCUGGUUACAUCGCGUUUUCACACCUUCCUCCCCGCCUCCCCCACUCACUGCUCUCGACAUAAAGUUCCCCAUCCAUAAAGACCGUUCCAGAGUUCCGCCAGGCUUCAUCUCAUUCCUUGAGACUCUUCCCUCCCUCCGCACUCUCAUCUUGCGAAACCACGUUCCUGCCCUUUUAUUAUCACCAAGGGCUCUUCCAGCCCUCUGUGCUAUUUCUGCACCUUUAUCUACCAUCUCUUCUAUCUGCUCUGGACGCAGCAUCAUCAAGCUUGAUAUCCGCGACGAGGCUGUGCUCACGUCACUCUACCAAGUAUUUGUAGAAGCGCACUCUCACUUGUCGAGGGUACAAGAGCUCUCCCUGUUUAUAGGGGACUGGGAUGACGAAGUUGUGCUGGCCAUUGUCGCGCGUUUUCCCAAUUUAACUAAGUUACAAGUCAGGUAUGCAAGGGGAGGUCCAAGCGAGGAUACUAUACUCGGUAUGGGUUCGCGUACACUGUAUGCUCUUCCGCACCUCGUAUCUGCACAUAUCUUCCGCAUCCCUCUUCCCCCGCCCCCUCAAAGUGUCCUUGAGGCAAGGAAGCGUGAUGACGACACGAUAUAUGGCGCCCCUGGUAUCGGCGAUACUUACUUCGAGAGCAUGCAUGACAUCGAUACAGUCACGGAUACGCUGAUGGAGGGUGUUCUCAGCCUGCAGCAGCUGCCUUUCUCCCAAGACGUCAGCGUAGACUUUAUGGACGAGCAAGAACCUCGAACGUCUGAGCCAUUUGACGAGUACACUCGCGAACUUAUCAUCGCAUGGAACCGUACUUGUCCUGGACUUCGCACUGUUCAGCUACACCCGGGGUGGGUGUGGCGCCGCGCGGACCGUAUUGACCACUGGGUGGCGAGGCCGUGUGAAUCGGGUAUUUGGGGCGAUGUAUUUGGGUAG